CGAAUGUUUAUAUUCGUUGAUCCUGUGUUUUGUUUUAAAAUGCCUAAAUCAAUAGAGUUAAAAACCUUAGAUUUAAAUCCAAAUCACAUUCAACUCUGUAGGCCUACCUAAUUUAAUUAGCCUAAUUAGGAUUGUGCAUUUCCAAAUUUGUAACACAUUCCUGUUCCUGCUUUUCUCAAAUGGCAGAAUAUCAGAAAGAACUCACCAAGGUUGAGGAGGAAUUGGAGCUGGUGGAAGUUGAGCUUCAAGAAUUAUUAGAGAGACAAAGUCAGCUACUGAACAAACGAACAGAAUUAAAAACAAUUCUUUCCCAACAUGAGGAAGAAGCUCACCAGAAAAAGCUGGACAUCAAAUGGGAUAGUGAAGAUUUCCCUUGGACCAAAGAGAUGGAUGAAAUUAUGAAGAAUGUGUUCAAAAUUAAAGAGCUGCGGCCAAUGCAGAGACAGACCAUGAAUGCCACCUUGCAGAAAGAGGAUUGUCUUCUCAUCAUGCCAACAGGGGGUGGCAAGAGUUUAUGCUUUCAGUUACCUGCCCUUGUUGACAAAGGUCUUACACUGGUAGUCUCACCUCUGGUGUCUUUAAUGGAGGACCAACUAAUGGCCUUACAAGAACUUAACAUUCCAUCUGCGAUACUGUGUGCCUCAACUAGCAAGGAAGAUAUCAAAUUUGUACAGGAUGAUAUGGUGAACCCCAAAGGUAAGCUCCGCCUACUUUAUGUGACCCCUGAGAAGCUGGCCAAAAGUAAGAGGUUCAUGAACCGCUUGGAGAAAUGCUAUGCGGUCAACCACCUGGCCAGGAUUGUCAUAGACGAGGUUCACUGCUGCUCACAGUGGGGGCAUGACUUUAGGCCUGAUUACAAGUUUCUCGGAAUAAUGAAACGCCAGUAUCCUAAUGCCCCCAUCCUUGGCUUGACCGCGACAGCCACACUGAAAGUUCUGGAAGAUGUCAAAAAGAUUCUGAACAUCCCAAAAGCUUUGUUAUUUAGGGCAUCAUUCAACAGACCUAAUUUAUUCUAUGAGGUACAAGAAAAACCCAACUCACAAAAAGAAGCAAUAGAUAAGAUACAUCAACUGAUAACUAGUCGGUUUAAAGGGCAGUCAGGUAUUGUGUACUGUUUCUCCCGUAAAGACUCAGAAGAAGUGGCCCAGGAGCUGAAGUCAAGAGGUCUCAAGGCUGGCUGGUACCACGCAGACAUGGAUGCCAAUUCUCGCAGUACAGUCCAUAAAAAAUGGCUGUCAGGCGAAGUCCAGAUAAUAGUUGCCACUGUGGCCUUUGGUAUGGGCAUUGAUAAGCCAGAUGUGAGGUUUGUGAUACACCACUCCAUCAGCAAGUCUAUGGAGAAUCUUUACCAGGAGAGUGGCAGGGCUGGUCGAGACAACAAAAGGUCUGACUGUAUAGUUUUGUACCGUCUGGCUGAUGUAGCCAAACAAAGCUCAAUGGUCUUCACUGAACAAACUGGGCUGAGGAAUCUACAUGGGAUCAUACGCUACUGUAUAGAUGUACGCAGCUGCCGGAGGUCAAUCAUCGCCCGCCAUUUUGGGGAGGUGUGGGAAAGUUCACAGUGCGAUCAAAUGUGUGACCAUUGUCUGAGAUCUCACCACAUCAAAGAUGGGACAGUUCAGAAGGACGUGACCAAAUACUGUAAAGAUGUUAUAGCACUACUAGACGCUGCAGCUUCAACAGAGCAGCGGGUCACCUCGGCCAAGUUGUUGGAGGCCUGGUUCAGUAGGGGGGUCACUAGUUUAAAGGUAAAAUCUGUGUCUGUGCCAGCCAUGAGUAAAGAGCAAGCAGAAAGAAUUCUGGCCCACAUGUUGGUCGAGGGCUACCUACAGGAAGAUUUCCACUUUACGGCCUACAGCACAAUCUGCUACAUUCUACCAGGACCUAAAGCCAAACACCUUAGAAACAAUGUCGCCUCAGUGUUAAUGGACUUUGAAAAAUCUGGGAAAGUCCCUUCAAAAAAUCCAACCAAACCUGACCCAUCUUCUGAUGGCUCUCCUGCACUAAAGACUGAGAAGCAGCAGAAGCCUAGUCUUGUUAUUGUGAACCCUGAGAAAUCUCACUUCUCCACCUCUCUGCCCCCUCAACCUUGCAGACAAAAAAAGAAAAUGACCAGCGCACAACAAAACGGUGUCACACCUAAACAAAAACUCGACCCCGUUGCUCCUGAUUGUAAAAUUUCUGAUGUCAGUUUGAACUUUGAUGAUUCCGAUGAAGGGAGCUCAUCUACCAGACCCAACAACAGAAAAUCCAAGUCUCCCUCAAACAGUCAAACACCCAAAACCUCGUUAAAAAAAAGGAAACGGAUUUUGGUCAGUGAUGACUCUGACUCGGACUAUGAUGAGAAAGUAACAAAAAUAGAAUCCAGUGCUUCUUCCUCUCCACACCAGUCCAUUCUUGUCAGUGAUGAUGAAGAUUUUCAAACUUGA